AUAAUCGACAGAUUAAUUAAUAAUUAAAACAAUUGUUAGUUGCAGCCCUAAAGUACACAGUCUAAUUUCUAUUAAAAUUAUGCCUUUGUUGUAUUAGAAAUGACAGUAAUGGUAAUAUAGUUCAUUUAAAUGUUUUGACAGGGAAAUAUAUUAAAAGAGUGUUACAUGUAUGUUUAAAAGAUAAAUGUAUUACAAUUUAAAAAGGGUGGUAAAAAGAUAAAUGCUGAUUGGAAAGCUGUUUAAAAAUAUACAUAAUUCCUAAUAAAAGCAAGUAAUUUAAUUUGUAUUAUUUAAAAUACAGAUUGUGAAUUCAUGAGGUGUAAUUGUUUUGUUUGCACUAAAAUAUCCAUACUCCCUGAAAUGUUCUUGUUAUAAUUUAUCUUACUUACCAGCAUCACAUGGCUUGCUUUAAGAUUGGCCCCUGUCACAAAAAACACACUUGGCCUCUGGUGGGCCACCCUGCCACUGGGCAUUACAAAUUUCAAAUAAUUUUACCUAAUUUAUCUCCCUACUCAGGUCUUCAGUCACUUUGCCGUGUGCCUUGCAAGGACAAAAACUCUUCAUCUUCUCCAGGUAUCCUGGUUUCGUGGACCAAGGGGUUCAAUUUGAGACGUGGUCAGCCUCUCAGGACAAACGGGAUAUCACCUUCUCCUUCCCCUGAGGCAUUUCUGCCUGCUGUCGUUGAACGAGGGGUUCAAUUUAAAACGUGAUCAACCUCCUGAAAAAAGCCUUGAAGAAUUACAGGUCUUCCCACAGUGCAGUGUUCAGACUUGGCAUAUACAGUGAUGUGUUCCUGAUUUCCAUACCUGGAGUUUGUGUACAGGUGCCAGAUGCCACAACCGGCUCAACUCCGAGUGAUCAUUGCAGAUCAUGAUGUCCGUAAAGUUGUACUACCAUCUGGAAUCCCUGAGACAUUGGAUGACCUUCACUCAGUCAUUCGUGAUACAUUUUCCAUUGCCAAAGACUUCAGUCUUCACUACAAAGAUGUGGAUUUUGAUGAGUUUUUCACCCUUUUAUCUACAACUGACCUCAAGGAUAAGGACACAAUCAAGGUUGUGUUUCUCCCAAACCAGGAGCCUCCAAUCAUUUUAACCUUAACUGAUGUGACCAACAUGAAUAAUCAGCCUUGUGAGGAGCCCGAUGUUGACGACACCGCAUCUGUGUCAACCGAUGACACACUAAUUCUCUCAUCUGAAGAUAGUCCAGGCCACCGUUCCCAGCGCUGGCCCGCUCAGUUUUCAAUUCCCAGCUUUUCUGGCUUAACAGAGAUCCAAAUUCAGUCAGGAAAUGAGCGCUUCAAUAAAUAUGGGACUCUUCUCACUACCAAAGAUUUAAUUCCGCUACUCCCAGACAUCCUUGGAAAACUAGCGGAGGCUAUUUAUGAGUACACUGCUUAUCCAUCUAGUCUGCAGAUCAGUGAGGUUGCAGAGGCCCUCACUCAAAAGCAUCCCUGCCUCAAAGAACCAGGCUCAUUUAAUGGGUCCUAUGGAUGGGCGCAGCGCCUAAAAUAUAAGAUGAACAAUUUCAGAAGCAAACUACGAGGUCUCGGCUGCCCUGAAGUUGAAGUGAACUCACUCAAGAGAAAACAAACACAUGACCAGUAUCCGGCAAAGAAUCUGAAAAAACCAAAGAAGGCGGAGGUGAACUACCUACCCCCUCAUGCUCAAGGUGAAACUACUGCAAGUUUGGAAAAAGAGAGAGUGGAGCUCCUAAGUGAAAUGAUGAAAAGGGACAACUCCAAGGUGGUAGCUCAGAAAAUGGCCAAGACAUUCAGCCUUCGUCGGGAGGAAAUAGUGAAAGAGGCCCCUGCAAUCAGUGAAUGCAUGAAGCGCUGGCCUGCGCUUUUUAGUGAAGCACAGAUAAGUGAAGAAUUCAAGAGGAUAACAACAGUUAACCUACAAUCGACCUUUCUGGCCAAGCUUGACCAGUGCACCCCGAAAUUGAUGGCCUUGACCCAAUCAAAAGGAGGAGCUGCAGGCCUGAAGAUAAGGAACAUUAAGGACAUGCUUCUUGAGGACAACACAGUUGAAAGGCAGAGAGAAAUUGCCAUUCGCUGCCUCAUGGUCUAUCUUGGAGAGAAGGAGGAGGACCUUUUCAAACAGUACCGGGAUGUAGAGGAGCUUGACGCAGACCUUGCGAUGCAAGUGAUGAAGAUUGCCAUCAUCGGUGAUGGGUGUGCAACCAUCGUAGUCGAGGGAACCAAGAUCCUGCAGGGGAUUGAUGUCGCCAGAUCCUGUGCUUUGCUGAUGGGAGUAAUCUAUGCUCUUAACCUAAGGUACCCCAAGCAGUUGAAAUUUACCUUUGAGGCAUUCCAGAAGCUAUGUCUUGAGCUUGAUGGACAAAAAGCCAGCUCUAAAGUAAUGAAUCUCAAGUAUGGUAUUUUUUAGCGUGAGGAAAAAGCUCACAUCUCACGCGUGCGUGCGCGCGCACACACACACACACACACACACACACAUCCAUCCUAGUUCUUUUGUUUCUUUGAUUGGAUGAAUAUCUACUGAGUGAAGGUAUCAGCUUAGAAAAGGAUGACCUCUGUUCUCUGAGGGUUUUGCUGGAGUUAGGAGUUUGAGCAGUCUGAUGUGAUCAGAGAUGAUAAUGUUGAAAUUAGUGCUUUUAAUGUACAGCCAUCUGUCUUUUUUUUUGUAUAAUUUUCAUGUGUACAAGUCAAAUGAUGGUGAUUCAUGCACAGGGUUUUAGUUGGUUUUAUAACAAUGUUCCUCUUCAUAAAGCAUCUGAGUGCAUGGUGCUGUUUGCACUUUAAAGGAUUUAGUGCUACUGUGAAUUUUAAUAAAUGUUUCUAGUUAAUUUGAA